AUGGAUUCUGAGAAGCACGGGAGUUCAGAAACUUCUAGCGAUCAGGAAACUAGUGGUUGCUCGUUGCCUCCUGAUGGCGCUAAAGAUGGUCUGGGCCGUUCUUAUGAGUGUACCUACUGCAAAAGAGGGUUCACAAACGCUCAAGCCUUAGGAGGUCACAUGAACAUCCAUAGGAAAGACAAAGCCAAAGCUAAGCACCAACAUAAUUUUACUACGACUACUGCUGCUUCAGCAAACACGAAAGAUCACUUGAUAGUUUCUCCUAAUUCUUUCAAGGUUAUUCCUAAUGAGGAGGUUAAUUAUUUGAGGUCUUCUAUUGUGUAUCCUACGGGUGAUCAUGGCUAUCAAUUUACAACAUCAAACCCUAAUUUUCCAUGGAGUUUUGCUGCCUCGGAGUUCGAUAGUCGUGCCCUUCACGAGGAGAGUUUGAGGGUGAAUCUGAAUCUUGGAAUUGGGACCUCUGAAUUGGAUGUAAGCAAUAUAGGGAGUAGAAAGGUUGGGCAAGAAGAUUGGUUUGAAAAGGAAGUUGAUCUGGAGCUACGUCUUGGUCAUUAUCCAUAG